AUGGCAGCAUCUUCGGACCGAAGCUCGGUGAAGCCCGUCAGGCUGGUGUCCGAGUCUGCCAGAGAGCGGGAGACGUUUGAAUACUCCGCGUCUCUACUCAGCUCCAUCAGGCUGAACGAGACUGGCCGGCCGAUUCCCUCAUGCGAGCUCUCGGCAGCCGACGACGUGAUCCUGACGGGCCUCGCCCAACUGGGCGCCCUCCAGACCGGCGCCGAUAGGUCCCUCAUCUCCCUGUUCGACGCCCACCGCCAGUGUAUCGUGGCCGAAGCAACGCCCACCCAGCGCCUGUGUCCAUCGAUCAAGAGUGACGACUGCGAACGCCCCCUCUGGCUAUGCGGCACCGCUAUUCCUCGCAGUCAUGGAGUUUGCGAGCAUAGUCUCCUUGGGGACAGACCUCCCGACGCUGCCCAUGGGGAAUUGGCAAGGGAGCUCCCCCUGACCUUGGCCUACGAUCUCGUUGUCGACUCUCGAUUCUGUGCCAAACCGUUUUGCCAACCAGGCACACUGGCUCGAUUCUAUGCUGCCGUCCCGAUUCGAACUCGGCGUGGCAUCAAUAUUGGCGUAUAUUGUGUUAUCAACGAAACACCAAAUCUCACUUGGAAUGAUGGCCACUCCCAGCGGUUACGAGAUAUAUCCUGUGCCAUCAUGGACCAUCUCGAGGCGCAGAGGCUAAAGGUCUUGCAUAGGCGAGAUAUACGAAUGAACCGAGGCUUGGGGUCAUUUAUUGAAGGCAAAUCAUCCAUCUUUGACUGGCAACAGUCUACGACAGACGAUUUUGGAGAUGACCUCGCGACCCAACUAUCACCGACGGCUCAAUUGCCUGACCCGAACGGUACGACAAACCCGAUCGAUGCUUUCUCUGAACACGAUCAGCGUACAUUCUCCGUCGAUAGCUCAGAGGCCAUGCUAUCUGAAGCUAAAGCCAUGGCUGCUUUGACAGAGGAUGAAAGUUCCGUGCUUAUUAUAUCAAAGGCUGCCAAUCUUAUCCGAGAGUCAAUCGAGGUGGAAGGCUGUCUUGUUUUUGAAGCUCCAAUUCAGCCAUACUUGUCUCAGACGCACACCAACAUUACGAAUGACGAAGAAUGCCAGACAUCUACAGCGAGCAGCAGCGAAGAAGACCUUGAGAUGAGACGUCGAAGUAGGACCAUGCCGAUAUCUAGACUCCUCGGCUAUUCUACGUCCAGAGCAUCGAGCAUUGACGAAGACGCUACAAGCCCACCUCGCAUAACGCUGACAGAAAGCUUCUUGUCUAAACUUAUUCGACGGUACCCUAGGGGUCAAAUUUUUAAUUUUGGAGCUGAUGGGGAGCUGCAAUCAGACUCAUCGGAAGAUGAACAAGCAUUUCCUUCAUCUCCCGAUUUACUAUCUCUGCAGGAUAAAUCACAGACGAGAUCUUCGGCCAGCCAGCGCGAAGGAGAGGCUCUUCUCAAAGCAUUUCCUGGCGCUCGGAGUGUUGGAUUCGUUCCCAUCUGGGAUCCGAGAAAAGAUCGAUGGUAUGCGGGCGGGUUCAUCUACACCAAGGACUUGGCCCGAAGCUUUUCCAUCGAACAGGAGUUGAGCUACCUGAGGGCUUUUGGAAUGCUUGCCAUGUCUGAAAUCCUGCGGUUCAAGGACUUGCGAGCCGACAAAGCAAAAACCGAUGCUCUCGGCUCACUCUCGCACGAACUACGCUCCCCACUACAUGGCAUCUUGCUCAAUUCGGAAUUACUAAUUGACACUAAGCUCGACAUUUUCCAGGGAAAUGUUGCCCACACCAUUGAGACUUGCUCCCGUACACUUCUUGACACCGUAGACCACCUCCUUGAAUAUUCUAGGAUCAGCCAUUUCUCUGGCCGAGACGAUAGGGCUCCUAGUUUAUCUUCGAACGGUCUCGACUUGGGGCAAUUUGGCAAGAAGUCUUUACUGAGAGACUCUCGACUUGAUCAUAUCGUGGAAGAAGUAGUUGAAAGUGUCUUUGCCGGGUUCAACUUCUUACACUUGUCUGUGAAGCAGCUGUCGGACCGACAGAACGGAUCAAUCAACAGCGACGUGAAUGCUAACCACCAGUCGGAUUCAUUGCAAGCCAUAGACCAACUUGAACCUUGGAUGACCAACAAUGGGGAACUGAAAUGGUCUUUCGACGAUGUCUUGAUAAUACUCUCAAUGGAUGUAAGAUGCAACUGGGGUUACAUCGUCAAUGUUGGAGCUUUCCGUCGAAUAGUCAUGAAUAUCUUUGGUAACGCACUGAAGCACACCAGACGCGGCACGAUCACGGUAUCACUUACGCAGGAAUUGAUCCGUACCAGAAGCCGGAAGAAGGAACGUGUUGUUCGGUUUACAGUACAAGAUACCGGUAAAGGUAUCACGGCCGACUUUCUCAAACACGGGAUCUUUCGCCCCUUUUCUCAGGAAGACCCCUUGUCGCCAGGCGCUGGGCUAGGGCUCAGCCUUGUCAAGCAGAUUACCACUAAUCUACAAGGUGACAUCUCGAUUCAAAGUGAAGUUGGCGUUGGAACAAUAGCCUCUGUCACACUCCCGCUGCAGCAAUUGCCACUGUCUUUAGGCACGGCUCCUAUAAUAUCCGAGGAAGAUAAAGUUUUCAAAGAACAAGUCGAAGACCUCAAAGGGCUGCGAGUGAGGCUUCUGAUGACGAAUUCCGAAUGGCGAAAGGCCGUGGUCGACAUCUGUUGCGAGUGGCUGCACAUGGAUAUAAUUCCCAAUACGCCCGAUACAACUGUGACACCGGAUCUUGUGAUGUGGUCUUACAUGGACUUGAAGCCAGUACAGGAAGACUUACAAACGUUUUCCAAGACGCCUAAUGUCGUCGUGUGCUCGAAUGCAUUGGUGGCCUAUCGCCAGUCACAUGCGUUUAAGAAGGCUGCCUCUGCUGCUGUCUUUGAAUUUAUAUCACAACCGACUGGACCGCGUAAACUUGCCAGAACACUACAUUCGGCGUACAUGCGAUGGAUGGCCAAUUCCAAUUCACCAGCAGCGGCCACUUCAGCACCAAUGGUAGCCAAGCGACCAAAGGGACCCAAAAGAAUGCCAAGUUCAUUCUCUGCCAACAAUGUUAGCAGGCCUUCCCUAACACCACCCAGCGCAACGGUCGAAAUACCUGCAGUGUCUACUAGUGAGCCUACGACACCACCGAUCAAAAUCCUGCUCGUUGAUGACAAUUUCAUCAAUUUGAAAGUAUUGUCUACUUAUAUAACGAGGCGUAACAUUGGAUUUGACGCCGCAAAGAACGGCCAGGAAGCAGUGGAUCUCUUUCUUUCGAGUUCUGACACACCAUAUGCCUGCAUCUUAAUGGACAUAUCUAUGCCUAUUAUGGAUGGGUUUGAGGCCACGAGACACAUUAGAGCUCACGAAACCCAGAAGGGAUUAACGCCAGUGCCAAUUAUUGCACUCUCAGGCUUGACAACAGAAGACGCCCAGCAGGAGGCGUUUGGUAGCGGAAUGGACAUGUUCUUAACCAAGCCUGUGAAGCUUGGGGACUUGGGGCGGCUACUUGAAUCUCAAGGAAUAAUCCACGCUGGGUGA